GACUUCCCACUGUUUAACACUAUCUCGCGUUUAUCGUAUCAAAGAACCUACGAACGGGAAUUAUUAGAUUAACACGUAUUUCAAUAAUAAACGUUAAUGAGUUUGAGACUUUUGUGUUAGAUUUUGUAAUGUUAUAAAGAAGCACGAAUUGUAUUCGACUUCUCCCAAAGACUUGUUACAACAGUUCAUUAAACUUAAAUUUGCAGUCACAGACAUCGGCUGACUUCUACGAUUGCAAACGACACAACAAUCGUAAUCGCUUUGUGUAGCUAUAAUGGAGUAUACAGUUUGUUCGGUUUUUGUGCUUAUCAUUCUCGCAACUGGGGCUAAAGUUAAAACUACUCCAAACCCCAACACAUAUGUAGAAGAGGCAAUACAGAUAUUCAAUACCAUCUUUCACAAGUACGAUCUGAACGUUCCCCCUCGGAAGAACUUUCCUGACCCCCUGUGGCUUGGGGUCAAUGUGCACGUCAGCCACGUGACUAGUCUUAACCUAAUUGAGCAAUCCCUCGAAUCGACUAUUGACCUUGAGCUAACAUGGGAUGAUAACAGGCUAGGCUGGUACCCACAAAAUGUGUAUGAAAUCGCCGUGAAUAAAGACACCAUUUGGGUUCCCGACAUAUCUAUUGACAAUGCAAUUGACGUGCCUGCUUUAAUAGACGACCCUCGUGUUGUCAUCAAACAUGAAGGAAGAAUGUAUUGGCAUCGCCGCUUCAAAAUAAAAACAUCUUGUGUCACAAAUGCAACCGCGUUGACAGAUGAUUGCGAGAUUGUGAUUGGCUCAAAUCUGCUGAAUGAUCGCGUUGUUGAUUUUAAGAUGAAUGACUCAUCAUGUGACCCGAGUCAGGCUGUAACGUCACACGAGUUAAGAAUUGAUGACGUCACUGUGGAAAAACGCGGGGAGAGGAGAUGGUUGAAGGAUAAUGUUACCUUUCCAGAGUAUGUAUGCACUCUAAGGUUGACACGGACUGGAUGCUGCUCAAAUGGAGGGGAUUCCGGGGAAACCAGUUACUUUCUUGGAUCAAAUAAUGACAAUACUAAUGGUGGAGCUAGAGAUCAAAUAACGAAAUUCGUUCUUGCAUUGUUCACUUUACUAAGCAUGAAAUUGCGUAUAAUGUUGGUUUAGGAGUGUAUGAUGUUAGUACUAUAGUGAUCUAGUUAUAUUUUGUCUAUGUAGACAAUCUAAGGCAUCCAAUGCAAUACUAAAUUUUAAUUAAAGAAUAACAAGUAUAUGAUUUUUGCAAGCGCAAUUUUAAACAUCAUAUUGUAAUAUAUAAUAAUAUUGUUUGUUCACUUUUUGAUGUAUUGCAAUAGUUUUCUACUUAUUUUCUUAAAAGAUGAGAAAAUGAUGAAAUUCUGUCAAUAUCUGAGAUAUGUGUCAAGUGAAAACAGGUUUUUUACUACAAAAUGUAUUAAACCUAGGGGUUUGUUGUUAAUGUCAGGUGAAUUAUUAAAUACGGUUAUGACAAACAUGAAUUUUUAAUCGUUUUAAUUUCAUUAUCAACCUAUUAAAUUGUUUAAUAAAUUGUGCAGCAGAAUAAGUGUUAAACUUUUUUCGAAAAAGGUAUAUAAUUAAGGAAAGCUAUUGUUUCUGGUACCGCACAAAAUAUAUUAAAGUAAAGCACUUCGUACAUCGUACAAAUUAUAAAUGUAUGGCAUUAAUUAAACUAUAAAAUGCAAUUAUCCAUGCUCAUGAGAAACAUAUUCAUCGAUACUUACUUUUUGUACUUAUUAAAAUGAUAUGUACUCAGUAGAUAAAGUGCCUUAUUAACGUUUCUGCUCAAUUUAUACUAGUACUAUUUUACAUUCAAAAUAUGUGUACAUGUUGUCAAUGUGUGUCAAAUACAUGUGGCUAUAGUAACAUACUGUCAAAGACUUUGAAUAACUUGAGAACUCUUUGUAGCUAUUGUAGUUCUUGAAUGUGUGUGUGCAAUAACCGAUGCAGAUAGUGCAUCAGCUUUUUGUAGUGUCAUGUCGUUAUAUACUUGGUUUUGGACAAUUGUUGAUGUAAAUGUGUUUAGAAUGAAUGGAACUAAUAACAGUGUCCAUGUUUCAUGACUUUUAAUGCCUAAAAAACUUUCACUUAAAUUGGAAAUAUUUGACAAAUAUAGAUAUAUUUUUUAAGCAAAACCUUCAGAUUUUAGUCUUGUUAUACGCAUACGAUAUAUAAGAUUGACAAAACGUUGCAUUAAUUUCAUUUUUUUUUAAUUUUGUAACAUAUUCAAAGACAAAUUAGUUGUCAGCUGUAUUAUGAAGUUGUAAAAAAACCAUAGUAGCUGUAUCGAAAAGAUAUUUGAUAAGAGGUGAUUUCGUAUGUAUGUGUGAAUGCGUUACAUUUUAUAUAUGUUAAAUGAGUGAUAUCAUUAUAUCCAAAGAAUUUCUUAAACCAG